AUGGAGACAAUAUACAGCGUGCUGGGCCUGGAGUGGAUUGACAGCAGGAGCAUUUUACUAUUUGUGUGUGUUUUCCUGCUGCUGACUGAUUUUUUGAAGAACAGAGUGCCAAAAAACUUUCCUCCUGGACCGUGGGCUCUUGCUUUCAUUGGUGAUCUUUGGCGUAUCCAACCUGCCAGGCUUCACUUGCAGUUCGCAGAGUUUGCAGAGAAGUAUGGAAACGUUUUCAGCCUGCGACUAUUUGGUGGAAGAAUUGUGGUCGUGAAUGGCUACGAGUCUGUGAAAGAAGCCUUGGUACAAAAAGGAGAAGACUUAAUUGAUCGUCCUGUCAUACCCAUAUUUGAACUAACAGGAAACAGAGGUCUUGUGAUGUCAAAUGGUUAUCCGUGGAAGCAACAGAGGAGAUUUGCUCUUCACACUCUCAGAAACUUUGGUCUGGGCAAGAAGACCCUGGACUUAUCCAUCCAGCAAGAGUGCCAGUAUCUCAUAGAGGCUUUUGCAGAUAAGCAAGGAAAGCCCUUUAAUAGCCAGCCACUGAUAAACAACGCUGUGUCCAACAUCAUCUGCUGUUUGGUGUUUGGGAAUCGAUUCGACUACACUGACAAGGAGUUUCAGUCUAUUCUCCAGAAAUUCAACAAGAUUAUGCAUUUACAGGGAAGUUUGUCAGUACAGAUGUACAACACAAUGCCCUGGCUGAUGAAGUGGAUUCCUGGAUCUCACAAGGAAAUAUUAUUUCUGGUACAGCAGUUAAUUGAGUUUGUAAAGGUCAAGAUCAAUGAACACAAAGAAAAUAUUGACCCUUCAUCACCAAGAGAUUACAUUGAUGCCUUUCUGAUAGAAAUGGGAGAGAAAGAGAACAAAGAAUCUGGUUUUGAUUUACAAAAUCUGUGUUUUUGCACUCUGGAUCUUUUUGGUGCUGGAACUGAAACUACAACCACUACUUUACACUGGGGGCUGCUUUACAUGAUCUACUACCCUGACAUACAAGAGAGAGUCCAGGCUGAGAUCGAUGCUGUGGUUGGUUCAUCCAGACAGCCCUCUAUGAGUGACAGAGAAAAAAUGCCCUAUACUGAUGCUGUCAUUCAUGAGAUUCAGAGAAUGGCCAACAUCAUCCCCCUCAAUUUGGCUCACAUGACAAGCAAAGACACCACACUGGAUAACUACGCAAUCCCAAAGGGUACCAUAAUCAUAACUUUACUGCACUCGGUCCUGUGUGAUGAAUCGAUGUGGGAAACUCCACACACCUUCAACCCUCAACAUUUUCUGGACCAGGAUGGUAAAUUCAGGAAGAGAGAAGCCUUUAUGCCUUUUGCUGCAGGUAAGCGCGUGUGUCUUGGGGAACAGCUGGCCAGGAUGGAGUUAUUCCUGUUCUUUACCUCCCUCCUCCAGAGAUUUUCAUUCACUGCACCUGCUGGAGAGCAGCCCAGUCUGGAGUUCAAGUUGGGAAUAGCUCGGGCCCCCAAACCUUAUCGCCUCUGUGCUGUACCACGAUAA